GGUCAUCAUCUCCUCACUGUUGAUACAAUGGGGAAGGUGAGCGGCAGCCCAGAUUGUUGUGAUUGAAGGAGUCACAUAUCUGAGUUUGUACUCGGCAACGUCGGAGGUCAUUUUUGUAAGAGGGAACCGGCGGGUAAACCAACGUGUAAGUAUCCAGAGGAUGGAGAGUGGAGAUGACGGCGUACUACGGUCCCGCUGCCGAGCCCUUCCUAAGAUGCCCCCCUUCCCUGAUUUGGAUAGCUCUUUGGAUGGGGAGUGUAGCCCAGGAGAACACCAGCAAGGCAAUGGAGACAGCCACGUACCCAGCAAUGGAAAAAUUGAAGUGGAACAUGUGAUCAGCAAAAAGCUACAACUGAAGAGGAAAGCAGAGUACCUAAAGACUGACCUGAUGCGUCAGUUUGACAACCAGGUCAAUGACUUCAUGGACAGUCUUAUUGAGGAAUCGGCUAGCCUGGAGCCCGCACCUAUCCCUGCUGUCUUUUCACCACCACUGUCAGACAAAGAGAGGACCAAACUCAGGCAUUUUCGGCCUCCUCAUGGCCAGGGAAAGCAGUUUGUUAGCCGCAGGUCCCUCCUAGAUGAGCUGUUUGAGGUGAACCACAUCAGGACUAUCUACCACAUGUUUAUUGCUCUCCUCAUUCUCUUUAUCCUCAGUACAUUUGUGGUAGAUUUCAUUGAUGAAGGCAGGCUGGUGCUGGAUUUCAACCUGCUGGUCUAUGCAUUUGGACAGUUUCCCCUGGUGGUGUCUACAUGGAUCUGCAUGUUUAUUUCAGUGUUAUUGGUUCCCUACACCCUGUUCUACCUGUGGUCACAGACCCAAUCUGGCUCCUAUAGUCACCCCAGACUGUACAGUUUUCUGUUUGGCUCUGUAUUCCUACUCUACCAAGCUCUGGGUCUGGGAUUCCUGCCCACAUAUAUAGUGGUGACCAACAGUUUGCCUCCUGCAUCCUGCUUCAUCGUCAUCCUGGAACAGGUGCGUCUAAUGAUGAAAGCCCACUCCUUUGUGAGGGAGAACGUACCAAGAUUCCUGACCUGGUCUAAAGACAAGACCAGUCCUGGCCCAGCGGUCCCUCAGGUUUCUCAGUAUCUCUACUUCUUGUUUGCACCCACACUUAUCUACAGAGAUAAGUACCCCAGGAACCCAGUGAUCAGAUGGGGCUAUGUGGCAACAAAGUUACUACAGGUACUAGGCUGUCUGUUUUAUGCCUAUUACGUGUUUGUGCGGCUCUGCAUCCCCCAGUUCCGCAGCAUCAGUCUGCAGUUGUUUGACCUGAGGGCCAUGGUUCUCUGUGUAUUCAACUCCAUCCUGCCAGGAGUGUUGGUUCUCUUCUUGGGUUUCUUUGCCUUCCUCCACUGUUGGCUCAAUGCAUUUGCUGAAAUGCUUUGUUUUGCUGAUAGGAUGUUUUACAAGGAUUGGUGGAAUUCAACAUCUUUUGCCAAUUAUUAUCGCACUUGGAAUGUCGUGGUCCAUGACUGGCUGUAUUACUACGUGUACCGGGACUUCCUGUGGAUGUCUCAGAAGCGUUUCAGACCAGCAGCCAUGCUGUUUGUGUUUACAGUGUCAGCAGUCGUCCACGAGUACAUUCUUGCGAUCUGCUUUGGCUUCUUCUAUCCUGUCCUCUUCUGCCUGUUUAUGUGCUUUGGAAUGAUGUUCAACUUCAUUCUGCAUGACCAAAGGAAAGGUCCCAUCUGGAACAUAAUCAUGUGGACAUCCCUCUUCCUGGGUCAGGGGGUCAUUAUCUGUCUGUACUCUCAGGAGUGGUAUGCCCAGCGCUACUGCCCCUUGAAGGAGCCUUCCUUCCUAGAGUUACUGAAGCCUCGUUCCUGGAGCUGUCAGAGAGGCUUGAUGGCGGACUGAUAGGCUGUGAUCUACAUUAGGACUGCUGCUGAGGAUCAUCACUGAUCAGUGUCCGUUUGACCAGCCUUUCUGUUACUGUCAUAACUUUUGAUCUUUCAUGUUUAUUUUAUUUUUAUUGCACUAAGGUCAUGACUGAGUCUUUGUAUGAAUGUAUAGAGGAAGAAGUUCAAUAAGAAUUUGCCAAAAUGUUCUUUACUCUAACGGCUUAGUCACAAUGAUGCCUUACUUAUCCGUUUUACGUUUUCAAAAACAAACCCACAACAAAAUUACAAGUUCACAUAAAACCACAUGUGAGCUCUUUUACUUUUAUGUACUAUUUAUUUUGCAGAUGUAUUCCCAAUCCUUUAGCCUUGAUCAACUGUGAAACUACUCCUUGUGCCAAUAUGAUAGUGGCAAUCAUGAUAGGGCAGCUAAAAACAAAUAUUACGCAAGACAAACAUUGUCCACAUAUGCAGUAAUGGUGAAUAUUUAACAAGGUUAACAAUCACUAUUGUAAAGGACAUUCAUUAUGUUGUUUGAAAAGACAUUCAAAAUUAUUUAUUUUUACUGCCAAUAAGAUUUAUUUUGGAAAAAGGCCACUGUAUAAAUCUAUUAGAGACUGUGGCUUUGCUGUAUUAUAACUUCAAGAUUGCGGUGCUGGCUUUUUUGAAGCAGACCAUGAAGGUUGCGUCAAUACACAGACAUAGCUAGGAAAUUAUUUUAUAGUAAAUCUGUAACUGUAAUGUUUCAGGCACAGAGCUUUUACAGAUCGCCGGGGUACGCCUGAACUCUUAUGAUUCCCCAAUUCCCAGGAACUUGAAGGUUAAUUGUUAAAUCAAAUGUAAUGUCUAGUUUUUCAAGUUGGAAAGGCAGGCAGUCAUUACAACUCAUGAGCAGACUAACGCUGAACUCCAUAAAAGAAAGUGUUAAACAAAAAAGAGAUGCUGUAUGGAGUUAAUAUAUUCUGUGACUGCUGAAUGUGUUCUUGAUUAUUCAAAUAUUUCAGUUGAUCUGGUUUAAACAUACAUCUAGCGUCACUCAAAAAGUUUCUUGUAAUCUACAUGAUGUUUUAUUUUGUUCAUGUUGAGAGUUAGGUACAGUGAUUUCAGUAAGGUGAAAUCACUACAGAAUAACUACUACUGUUACUGUUGCAGCUGGCUGCGGGAAUGUUAUAACACAAAGAUGGUGAUGAUACUUGAUUAGCACUAAGGGCUUCAGUUUGCUUAGUCAGAUAUGGAGUACAUUCAAUGAGACACUGUUGUGUUGUUUGGUCAGACAGGUACACAUUGUACAGAACAGUCAUUUCCAUGACAAGCUAAUGAAAUAAGGAAUUGGAUAUGCUCAGUGUGCUUUUAGUUCCUGUGGUCUUGAAAAAUGUGUGAACAUAUUUGUAUUAUUUUGAGGAAAUCAUUGCACAAUUAAUGUUGCCAAUUAUGACAGAUUUCAAUGCAGGGAGACUGUAUUUAUGCUUGUGAAUAAUGAGAUGCACAAUACAAAGUUUAAAAACCAGCAAUGCAAAACUCUGCAUGUCUAAAAAAUGUUUGACCACAAGAUGGCACUGUAUUAACAGUUUUAGUUUUGAUCUUUCUAAGCUCAUUUUGGCUGGAAUUUGUGGCCAGGAGCUGGAGAGGCUUCCUGAGUCCUUCACAAAGAAAAUUGACACACACAAGUACCAGCAACUUAUUUUUUUUAAUAUAUAAAGACAAUAUUAGAAAUAUUGGAAUGCCCUGUGGCAUUUAUCACAAAUUGCUUGCACUUCAUUUGAGAACUCCACAUUUGACUGAAGUUGUAGUCUUACAUUAUGCAUCUGAGAUUCUGUUAUUAAGGAUAAUAUUUAUAGCAGUAAAUAAGAGCCAAGCUGGAGAAUUGCAGCUUAUUUAGAUAAGAUGUUUAUUUUUGGGAGCAGAGUUUACCUACUUACUGACUGUCUUACGUUUGUUUAUUGUGGUUAAUAGUUUUUUUCUGGCCUGUUAUUGCUCUUUGUUUCAAGUGACAGUUUUGCAAAUCAGUAUGUUGAUCUAUUUUCAGAUGGACAGAAAUGUCUGAUACAUUCCUUAAGGCAAAUCAAUGUAUAUGAACUAUUAAGAAUUAAAAAAAACUCACAUAUGUUCCUUUUA